GUCGGGCUGGCGGAAGUGGAGCGACGGAAGCCACAGUUGCUAUGGAGCUCGCAGAGGACUGGCUGGUGGAGUCUUUGCGCUUGUACCAAGACUUCCAUGCAUUUGACCUCUCAGGAGCCACUCGAGUCCUUGAGUGGAUUGGUGAAAAAGGAGUCUUUGUUGCUGGUUAUGAAAGUUUGAAAAAAAAUGAGAUCCUUCAUUUGAUACUACCUCUCAGACUCUCUGUAAAGGAAAACCAGGGCUUAUACCCAGAGAGGGACUUCAAAGUGCGCCACGGAGGAUUUUCAGACACAUCUGUCUUUGACCUAAAGCACGUGCCAGAUACCAGGUUGCUGGUGACCAGUGGGCUUCCAGGGUGUUACAUACAAGUGUGGCAAGUUAGAGAGGACAACGAUGUCAUUGAAGCUGUCAGUACCAUUGAUGUGCAGGACAAAGAGGAGAGUCUCUGGCCUCGGGUGUCUGUCUUCUGCUCUAUGGCACCUGGAAUCCUCCACGGGGCUCGGCUCAGCAGCCUGAGGACUGUGGACAUAGAAUCCCAGAAGGUCACCUACAGCUCAGGUACAACUGACAGUGAGUCCUUGAGCAGCCUUCAGGUCCUAGACGCAGACAGCUUUGCUUUCUGUGGUACCUCAGGUCGGCUGGGACUUGUGGACACCCGCCAGAAGUGGGCACCAUUGGAGACUGGCAGCCCCAGCUCUGGCUCUGGGGGAGAGAGAUGGUGUGCAGAAGUUAGGAACAAGGGCCAAGGCCCUGGGCCCUGCAUUGCCAGCCUUGGCUCAGAUGGGCAGCUCUGUCUCCUUGACCCCCGGAAUCUCUGUCAUCCUGUGAGCUCAGCCCAGUGCCCAGUGUUCAAACCCAGCCCUGACCCAGAGCUGCUGCGGGUGACCUGGGCUCCAGGCCUGGACAACUGCUUGGCUAUUUCAGGAUUUGAUGGGACAGUACAAAUCUAUGACGUCACUUCAUGGGAUGGAAAGAAAACCCAAGUGGAGCCUCUUUUCACUCAUAAAGGCCACAUCUUCCUGGAUGGAAAUGAGGUUGACUCUGCUCCUCUGGUCACCACCCACACCUGGCACCCUCGCAAACCCAGGACUUUGUUAUCUGCAGCGAGUGAUGGCUCUCUGCAUGUGUGGGACUGGGUGGACCUCCAGGCCUCCUAAUGACAGCAGCAGCUUACCCCACGGGCCUCUGAAGAGGAGGUGUUUGAGAGGCUGACACGGAGUGACCACAGGCUACCACAGCUGCUGGCUUCAGGCAAGUUAGCCUGCCCUUCUCGUCCCUUUUUCCUAUCUGUAAAAUGAAGGUGUAGUAACCACCACCUACCUAGUGCUGUGGGGAGCGUCACAGAUGGUAGGCCACAUGGCAUAACAUGGCUGGAAGUGACCAUUGUCUCUAGGAGCCCUGCCUCUCCAAGUAUGUUGCAGCAGGCUGUGUUCCUGUCUUCACAGCAUCAUGGUGAGAGAAUCAGGAGAGAAUCAGGAGAGCCGGAGUGUGAAUGUGGGCGUGAACUUUUGCACAGGAGGAAUCAUUGUCUCGGGUCAAUAAACAUUGAAAAGAAUACCA